AUGAAACUACUGACAGAAGGUGUUCUGGUGUACCCUGCCCCUGCCACAGUGACUGGUGGCUUCCAGGCUGGGGAGUCUCCCUCCACGGGGACCUUGAAGGAGGUGCCCCGGAGCAGAGCCGCCCGACACCCUGAGCCAACAAGCGGCCAAGUCCUUUUAGGCUCUGAAAUCGUGGUCACAGUGUUGAGGGGAAGAGCCAUCCUGGACGGGCGCCUCCCCUGGUGUGACCACAACGUCAUUAACCACUUCUUCUGUGAGAUUUUGGCAAUGUUGAAACUAGCCUGUGGUGACAUCUCCCUCCCUGCGCUGUCAUUAAUGUUGACCACAGCCUUGCUGUCACUGACCCCACUCCUGCUCAUCUCUCUGUCCUACGUCUUCAUCCUGGCUGCCAUCCUCAGGGCACCUUCGGCUGCAGGCCGGCGCAAAGCUUUCUCCACCUGCUCCACCCACCUCUUCGUGGUGGUGAUUUUCUACGGGACCAUCUCCUUCAUGUACUUCAGGCCCAAGGCCAAGGACCCUGACUCGGACAAGCUUAUUGCCUUGUUCUACGGGCUCGCGACGCCCUCCCUGAACCCCGUCAUCUACAGCCUGAGGAACGCGGAGGUGAAAGCCGCAGCCGGAGCUCUUCUGAGGGGAGAGCUGCUUGCUCGAAAAAUGCCCCUCUUCCAGGGCUGCACUGCUUCUCUGUGGGCCCGGAGAGGCUGA